AUGAAAGGCCUCUGCCUGUGGUUAGCUGUGUUGACCUGCCUUGUGGUGAAAGUCUAUGGCAAGAUCUUCAAUCGCUGUGAACUGGCAUCAGUAAUGCGACGUUGGGGAAUGGAGGGGCACGAGGGCUACACUUUGGAUGACUGGGUCUGCUUGGCAUACUUUGCGAGUGGUUUCAACACAGGUAAGGUGACCCAGAACAUUGAUGGUUCUACUGAAUAUGGCAUUUUCCAGAUCAACAGUCGCUCCUGGUGUGCUGAUCAACACAGCACUUCAAGGAACCUCUGUAGCUUAUCUUGUCGUGAUUUGCUGACUGAUGAAAUCAUCGAUGAUAUAAUUUGUGUCAAGAGAGCUGUAGCAGGUCCAGAUGGUUUGGAAGCCUGGGAUGGCUGGCGAAAUCAUUGCCGUGGAAAAAACCUGCAUUACUGGACAGCUACUUGUAAACUGUGA